AUGGACACGUCGCGAUGGGCCAAGAUGUCGCCGUGGCGUCGCACGGCGAUGGAUCCCCUCACGUCGCCUUUGCUCGGGUCGUCGCCCGGGCGACGUGAAGACGUGCGUCGCGAGGAGGCUCUGCGACACGAGGAUCACUACGUGCAUGACAGCCUGGCGUUCUCAAGCAAGGCGGCUUCCUGUAUGGGGAGCCUGGCGUUCUCCAUCAAGCAAGGCGGCUUCCUGUACGGGGAACACUACGGGCAUGACAGCCUGGCGUUUUCCAUCAAGCGAGGCGGCUUCCUGAACAGGGAGCACUACGUGCACGACAGCCUGGCAUUCUCCAUCAAGAGAGGCGGCUUCCUGUAUGGGGAGGUCCUUGAGGACUCAGACCAGGGGGGUUCUUGUUUGAUGAUUUGCUCUAUAACGAGUAUUUUCCUACACCUAUCCCGCCCUUCACUCUCCCAGCACUACGUGCAUGACAGCCUGGCCUUCUCCAUCAAGCGGGGCGGCUUCCUGUUCGGGGAGGUGCGGGAGGAUGGGCACGUGCUGGUGGAUUUCAUCUACGAGCCGCCGCAGCACGGCACAGAGCACACGCUGCAGAUCUUUUCAAAUGAAGGUGGGAUUCGGCACAUACGCACGUCUAAGGGAAGGGAGGAUGGGCACGUGCUGGGCAAUUUCAGAUUCGAGCCGCCACAGCACGGCACAGAGCACACCCUGCAGAUCUUCCAAAACGAAGGUGGGAGCAGGCUCACUCUCACAUAG